ACACGUCGAUAUAUUAUGAAAUUCGAAUCACGCACCUUGGAUGUGGGCUAUCCGAUCUACGGCGCUGGCUUUAUCUCGGACGCUAUGCUUGCGGUGGCCGGCGGUGGUGGCGAGGGCGCCCAUGGAAUUCCCAACAAGCUCUCCGCUGUGACGAUUGACUUUUCGGCUGACGAGCCAUUGAAGGUGCAGAGCGAAGUGAAGCUCUCUGACGAGGAGGACUCCGCGAUGAGCUUGGCGGCCGGUGGAGACACGGUGCUCUUGGGGGUCAACCAGUCGUCCAAAAGCAUUACCCGGGGCGAAAAUAAGCACGUGAGAAUGUACAGCUACACAAAGGAUCAGUGGGUAUUUGGCCUGGCGCUUCAGGUAUCUGAAAGCAAGGACUCCAGUGAGUACCAGAAACACACCGUGGUGUCUCUGGACGGCGUGUACGCCGCGAUCUGUAUGUCAGACGAGUCAGGAAUCGUGACCUUUUUGAAGAGCACUGAAAGGGGGUUCACCAAGACAUAUGAAUACAAGGCGGAGAGUGAUGUCAAAGACAUUAGCUUUGGGCCCGACGGAAAAAGUGUGGCGAUUGUCACCAGCAAAACCCUUACAAUCGUGGCAGCUUCCAUCGGGAAGCCAACUUUCAAACUCGAAAAUUUCGGCAAGGAUUCGUUGACCAAGGUCAGAUUCAUAGAUGACGAGAUGCUUCUCGUGGGUGCCUCGGCCAAAAACAAUGGUGGCGUGUUGUUGUUCCAGAUUUCCAUUCCCCAAGAGUCCGUCUUGAGGCGGUUGGUGGUGUCCAAAAAGGUCAGAGGCUUGACCUCGAUGGCGGUUUCCCUUGAUGAAGGGUUGGUUGCCUUUUCGGGGAGCGACUCUUCCGUGUUUUUGUUGGAUGUCACCACUUUACGAACUAUCCAUCUUUUCAAAACUGUGCAUGCUUUUGCCAUCACCAAGGUGGUUUUUUCGCCUUCCGGUCAGUACUUGGCCAGCACCUCCGCUGCCAACACAAUUAGUGUGGUGAAAUUGCCCGCGGGGUUGGCUGCCAGCGUUGCCUCGGGGCCUAGUCAGCUUAAAUUCUCCUUGGGGAUCAUUGGCGCCAUCAUCUUUGGUAUCUUCUUGCAGAACUUCUUCAUGGGGCUUGGAUACGGGCCAAAUCCCUUGCCUAAGGAGUCCGAUAAGCCCCCGUACGUAUUAGAAUAGAGCUUGUAUGAAAGCUGCUCCUAACAGGGACCUAGAAUCUAGACCUUGGAAGUGAGGCUUUUCACGUGCAAUACCAC